AUGUCAACAAACUCUACAGCUGUGUAUCUUUCCGCGCCUGACGACCUCAGCAUAGAAACGACGACCACAAUAGUUACAGUCAACAUUGUUGCUUUAGUUGGAGUCAUUUCCAUAUUUGGUAUAGCGUGUAACAUAAUCAAUAUUUUAGUGUUCUGUAAGCAAGGAUUUUCAGAGACCACAAAUAUCAGCUACACCGCACUUGCCAUUUCCGAUUUACUUUCCUUAAUUAAUUCUUGGUGUUUAAGUGUCUUCUGGAAUCCGUGGUUCUUGAAUUCUGGACUACCUGUUGUAUUUUUUGACAUUCAGACGGUAUUUGCAACGUGGCCUUACGCUUGCUUCAGCAGAAUUAAUGGACUGGUGACUGCUUUCGUGACGUUUGAACGAUGUCUGUGUGUGGUCUGGCCAUUGCAGGUGAAACGGAUCUUAACCUCGACAGUCACAAUCAUUGUCCUCAUUUCUAUUUAUUUCAUAAUGUGUCUGGUUAUGGUGCCUGUCUAUUCCAUAUCUACACUUGGCUGGAGAUCUGAACCCUGGACAAACAUGACUUUACUGGGAGUCAUUAUGGGCGAAAAUGCUGAAUUAAUAUCCAAUAUUUCUUAUACUGUCCAGUCGGCCACCCAGUUAUUUGCCUUUUUCACUGUUUCAGUUUGCACUGCAACUCUUAUUGCCUGUCUGAAACAAAACACAAAAUGGAGAGCAAAGCAGUCUACUACUCAGAAUGCAAUCAAAAAGGUAAUAAAACGACAAAGCAAAGCCAUAAAAAUGGUAACUUUGAUAGCAGCAACUUACGUAAUUAGUCAGUUACCAACAAUCAUUAGCCUUGCUGUAACAGUUCUAUAUUCAGAUUUUGGACCAGUGGGUAGAUACAAGAACCUCUUCCUAGCUUUCUGGACUUUCCUUUUGGUUUGUGGCGUCCUGAACUCGACUGUCAAUUUGGUAGUAUACUACGUCAUGAGUUCAAAGUUCCGACAAUCAUGUAAUCAGAUACUUUCAAAGCUGCUCAUAAACAAUUAA